AUGGAUUCCACCAUGGGGAAUAAUACUUGGGUGUCGUUUGAUCUUUUUCCUGGAUGCAAACCUUUGGAUUGCAGUGGGAUAUUCAAAAGCAAGAUGAAAGUUGAUGGAUCAAUUGACAAGUUUAAGUCUCAAUUGGUUAUUCAAGAUGAUAUGUUAAUCUUUACUGCUGAUCAAAGGCAAGUUGACAUCACCAAAGAGUUUUUAUCAUCUCAGUUUUCCAUGAAGGAUAUUGGGGAGGAAAAAUUGAUUCUUGGAAUACGAAUCAAGUGUAAACAUCAAGGGAUCCCAACUUCACAGUCUCAUUACAUCGAUAAAGUUCUUGAGAAGUUCAAUUAUUCUGAUUGUUCUCCUAUGAGUACACCUUUUGAUCCAAGUAUGAAACUUAUCCCAAACACCAGUGAUGCAGUUUCACAACUUGACUAUUCAAAGGUCAUUGGGUGGUUGAUGUAUGUUAUCAACAACACAAGGUCUGAUAUUGCAUUUGUUGUAGGAAAGUUAUGGUUUCCUUCGGUUAUUGAAGAAUAUUUAGAUGCUAGUUGGAUCGCUAAUGUUGCAGACUAA